CACUAUCUCUUAUCUUAAACAAAAACUGAAGUCACAACUUAACAUAUACUAUCUAAAGCUGGGGCUGAUAUCCAAAAUAAAACUAUGUGCAUAACUUUUCUUCUUAGAGGGCACUGACAGGUUGGUUCCAUGGGAAAGAAAUAAGGUAAUCUUGGCCCCUUCUCUGACCCUUAUGAUAUCCUAUACGAUAGGGGUAAUGUCCUUUUGUCAUACCAAACAAGUGGUAAUUAGAGAAACUGCCCUCAUCAGAAAGUCUAGCUCAGUUUUGGGUAGAUACACCCAGAUAUGAGUAUCUGCUUACUAUGCAAUACUACGGACAAAGUCCAGUUUCAGCUUAAGCAUACAUAACAACCUAAGGGAGGUUGUCUUUCAGAGCCAGAUGCCUCAGUGUUCUUUUCUCUUCCAUUAUCAUGCUUUUUUGGCAAUUCAUUUACAGCUUUGUUUGAAAAACUUAAGCAUGAUAUUUGCAUCUCUUGGAGCCUCUCUUAGAUUGUAGUAUGAAGCCAGAAAAAUGAGUCGCACAGCUGUGAUGUACAUAGAAAUUGGGUGCUUAUUGUGUUGCAUUUGUGGAUGGAUAUUGAUCUGUUCUACUCUGCCUACUGAGUACUGGAAUUUCUCUGAGGUAGGUGAUGCUGUACUCACCACGGUCAACUACUACUCCAACCUGUGGAUGGAUUGUACAUCUGACACGACUGGUGUUUCUGACUGCAAGUACUAUCCUUCCAUGAUGGCCCUUCCAGUUUUCUUGCAUGUCUGCCGUGCCCUGGCCAUUGGCUCUGUAAUUCUAGGAUUUUGGGGGGCUGUGCUCACCUUUAUUGGAAUGAAGUGCACGAAGAUUGGGGGUUCUGAACUUGUUAAUGCAAGAAUAAAAUUAGCAGCUGCCUUUACCUAUAUAGCAUCAGGAGUCAGUGGUAUGGCAGUGUACUCCAUGUGGGCAAACAGAAUCCGGGCAGAAUUUGUGGAUGCAAACUUUAAGCCACAGAAAUUUGAACUUGGUGCAGCAUUAUAUAUAGGAUGGGGAGGCUCCAGUUUGGUUAUAUGUGGAGGUGCAGUUUUGUGUUAUUUCUCUGGGAGAGAGGGGUUCAGCUCAGGAUCAAAUGACACACUGCUUCAGGCAGAUGAUUACACAAGAGCUCGAUCAAGAGGGACAUAUGUGACAGCUCGAACCAGAGGGACCUAUAUGUUGUCCGCUUACUCCAAGCCCACUACAGCAAUCAUGCCCCCCUUAUUCCAUUCAGGCAGAGAGAGCAAGGGAACCAGGAGGACACAAAAGACAUACAGAACCCGCAAGACAACAGCCUCCAUGCAGUUCAACAUGGAUUCAUAUGUGUGAAGCCCAUGUUUCAGAAACAAUAUAUUGAGUGUCUCUGAUUUAGGUGCUUAAAGGUGUGAUGCAGUCAUAGACAACUCAUCAAGAACAGAUAUCCAGGAAAAGAUAAAGGGGCAGUGGUGGCUUGGCGGUUCAGGCUCUGGAUUACUGAUUGGAAGGUUGGGGGUUCAAGCCCCAGUACUGCCAAACUGCCACUGUUGGGCCUUUGAGCAAGGCCCUUAACCCUUUCUGCUCCAGGGUCGCUGUAUCAUAGUUGACCCUGCAGUCUGACCCCAGCUUCCUAACAUGCUGGGGUAUGUGAAGAAAAUAAUUUCACUGUGCUGUAUUGUAUAUGUGACCAAUAAAGACUCAUUAUCAUAACUUGGGAUGAAAUUUAAU